AUGGAGUGGGGAGUGAGCCUUCUCAAGGAAGGGCCAUUCUGCGGGCUCCCAAACUAUGAACCUUCCUUGGUUAGCUCCAGGGAAGGAGACCGCAUCACCCUGGUCGCUCAUGUGGAGGUCAGGGACAAUACAGGGCGAGGCCACAUGUGCCGUGGUGUGAUCUCAGGGCAGCGGUUCAGACUGGUGGCAGACAUCCCGUCAGGUGCUCACAAGGUCACAGUUUUGGCAGGCUCCCUCACGCAUCUCAGAGGACCGAUCUUGAAGGUGGACGAAAAGGCCAAGAUCUUGGUGCACAAGGAGAAGGACUUGAGCAGCCUGUUCAAGCUCAUUGAAACCUGCUCAGGGCUGGGAGGCCUAGGCACAGGUGCAGCACACGCAGGCUGGAAGACACAGGUUCACAAUGACAUGAUGACCUCCUUUUGUGAUCACUUGGUCAAGUUCAGUGGUACUGAAGUGGUUCAAGGCGACAUAUGCCAUCUGGCUACAGUGGCCGAGAUUCAUGCAAAGGCUCCAGGCGCAGCAAGCAUGGCUUUUGGCUUCAGCUGCCAGCCAUUUUCACGGCUGGGUGACAGGCGUGAAGGCCAUGACCCCAGGGCGCAAUCCCUUCCGUACAGCCUGUACUGUGCCUUUUUGUUACAGCUGGAUUUGGUGGUGACAGAGUGCGUCCCCGAAGCUAGCCAGUCAGCGUUUGUGAUGAAAUGCAUGCAACAGUACAUGCAGGCCACCAACAGUGAUCGCACAGAGGCGUUGCUCGAGUUGUCUGAUGUGUGGCCAUCCAAAAGGCGCAGGUGGUGGACCAUCAUCCUGAAAAGCUACAUGGGAAGGGUCAGCAUUCCGCCAUUCCCCAAGCUGCCAGUACCACCCACGGUAGCCAGUAUCUUGCCAGGGUUGCUUCAGAUGUCUGAUCAGGAGUUGCAAGAGUUGGUGUUGUCAGUUGAAGAACGUCGGAUGUUUGAAAAUUAUGGCAAAGGGCUUGGAGGGCAUAUGCUGAACCUGGCCGAACCAUUGGCCACAGCACUGCACAGUUGGGCCAAUCAGUGCGUAGCUUGUGCUUGCGGGUGCAGGGGUCCACUGUCGUGUAGCCGUUUGCAGGCUCAGGGAUUGUUUGGAGUUUUGGCCCAUGUCCCCAAUCAAGCACUCCAUCAGAAUGUUCGGCAUUUGUCAGCAAGAGAGAUGGCCAUUUUGGUUGGUUUCCCCAAGGCUGAAGGAUGGUCAGAUCACCAAAGGUUGCUGGUAGCAGGAGUCGGACAAAUCGCAUCACCGUUGCAAUCAGCAUGGAUUUUCGCAGCCAUCUUGAAUCAUCUGAUUGAUCAUGGUUUUUGUGAAGGCCCCAUGAUUCCUCCCAAGCAAAUCUUGGCAUGUGUUGCAGCUGAAGUUUUCAAGUUGAGGGAUCAAUGGUUCAGCAAUCAUUCCACGGUCGCAAUGGAAAUGUUUCAGGAGUCCAUUGAGGAAUUUCUGCAACCAGCCCAGGUGGCUGCCCCACACGCCAACGUGGGAGAACUGUCCCCGAGUCAAGAUGAGGAUAUUGCAAAAGCCAUCGAUACCAUUGAGAAGCAAGUCAACACUAGAGGGGAAGCAAGUGAGGCAGUGCAUUUCCCACAGAGGCCGCAUGCAUUGGCCAAUUCUGGGGUUGCAAGGGAUGACACAUCAAGCCAUGGAACUUUGGCAGAAUCAUCAGUGACGAGCUGCUCAGUGACUCACAAGGGAUUUGAGCCUCAAGAGAAGCAAAAUGAAGUAAAUGGUCAGAGCACACCUGCCCUGGUUUCCAACACCAGUGAACGACCUUGCACAAGUCAAGGUCCAGUUGGGUUUCAAGAGGAGACAAACAGCCAGCGGUCGGGACGCAAAGACCCAGAAGAAAAGAAAAGCGGGUUGACCAAUCAACAGCCAGCGGGCAGGACGCCAGAACCUGACAAACAGCCAGCGGGUGGGCCGCCAGAACCCUUUCCAAGCAAGUCCCUGUCGGUCUGUGUCCAAUCCGAGGCAGAAGAUGCAAUUGUCCCGGCCAUCCAUGUCAGCUCGGCACAUGUGCAAGGUAGUCCCCAGGAAGCUAUCGGGUCACAUCCAGUCAAGCCAAUCCAUCAUCCAGGCAAGGUCGUGAGAGCAGGUGUACCCAUGUGGGACAGUGCGACAGGUGCGAUCCAAGCAUUUGCCACAGUGAUGGCGAGUCCCAAAAAGCCAGUCCCAACAUCAGCCAAGGCAGGAAUAACAUGUCCACCUGAGGUGUGUUUCCCGAUGUCUGACGUGUUGCGCCCAGGCCUGCUUGUGUAUGACGCAGACACCCAUCAAAUCUGUCGCCAUGAGUUUUCAGGUGAUGCAACGGUUGCUGAAUGGUUUCAAGGCCUUCAUUCCAUGGAUGUUCAAUACCCAUAUUUCACAGACCUAGCUGGCCAGCCGCUGCAAGGAGAAAUGAAGCUCAGCACCCUGAAGUGGAUCAUUGUCAGCCAGUCGCCAUUGCCGGCCCAGGUCACAUCCAUUCAGGACAGGGCGAACAGGUUGUAUUCCAUGCCACGUCAUGAGUCCAUCUUGUUGCAGGGUGGGGCAGUAGCUCUAGAUGAAAUGCGUUACUAUCUCAGUGCAAUCGAUACUGUUGGGGUAGCCAAGUCAUGGAAUCCAUUGAUCCUGCACUCCCUUACGGAUUUGCACACAGAGGCCGAGGCAUGGCUAGGGGACCUGGAAAGCUACAUGGAACAGCAUGUCCAAGGUAUGCAAUCAGUUGCCACGUCCUGGUGGGCGGAAUUGCCCAUUGAAGCCAUCGCCACAAUGAUGUGGGUCAAUUUCCAUUGGAUUCCAGUGUGGUUGGUCCCAGGCACUCACAUGUAUGCAAUCCACACCACUGAUGAAGGGAUCCAGCUUUGGAAGAUGUUGUUUCCAAACUGGGAAGGCGCGGUACAUGUCCACUCAGCAUUCAAAUCCACAUUCACUGAGGACUGCGGGUUUCAGGCUUUUGCAUGGUUGAUCAGCCAGUGUACCCACUUUGAAGGAUCGUCAUUGACCGCCACCGAUGCAGCCGGAUGGAGACAGCUGUACUGGCAACAAACACUCAUCUCCAAACCAGCGAAGACACACAUCUUGCUAGGUGGACAGUCGGAGGUAGAAACCGCUUUGCAGGCCAUCUUGCGUGAACAUGGUGUCUUUCCGGAUCGGGUUCAGGCUAGGGCGGCAAUGGUCUUGAAAGCAAUUUCCCAUCAAGCAUUGGUAGGAGUUUUCAAUGCAAGCCGCCCUUGGCAACAGCUCAAGCAAUUGGCAACCAGCCACACGCCAUCCAUUCGUCUGGUGCUUGAAGAUGAACUGCAGGCGACCAUUCGAGCUCGCACCAAGCACAAAGGAUCAGUUCAAGCCAAAGGGUCAUCCAAGGGAAAGCAGGCACCGCCAAUGCAUUUGCAUCCACAGGACAUCAGCAUCCCAAACGGUAUUUUCCGUGUGGAGUCAGGUGACAUGAUCGCACAGUUGAGCGUCAAACAAAUCGGCCAAUCUGCUCAGGGAGUAGUGGUGUUCACGGAGGAAGAAGUCCAACCCUAUCUCAAGCAUCCGGUAAGCUCCAGUCACGGCCUUGGUUUCUUGGUUUUGUCGCCGUAUUCGGCAGAAUUGGCAGCACAAGGAGAGGUUCACCGUUUCCCAGUCCAAAGCAAAAUCACAGGUGAGCCAUUACUGGUGUCCGCAGUUCUGAUCCAGAAAGGGCAAGCCCGAAUAGUGCGAAAUGUGCCGCAGCAAGCACCAGCCAUUGACCAGAUCGCUACCCAGACGCUCAAGGUGCUGGUGUACAGAGACCAAACCCCGGACUGGGAUGCUGUGGUUAAACAUCCGGUUAAAUACAUCAUCAGCCAGAUUGAGGAGAUGCAGGUGUGCAAAGAACCCACUUGUAAGUGCAACCGUUGGCACCCACAGGAGCAAGCCAACGAUUCUCCCAUACUCGAUGUGUGGCAGAGAGAUUAUCUCACGCUGCACUUCCAAAAGACCAAGGCCACCGAAGCCCAAAUCUACGCUGUGGCCAUCCGAGUCCCAGUGACCAUCUUUCAGCAGCUGUAUCAUAAGUCUGGAGGUGCCGGCAUCUACUUUGAGCCUCGCAUGGAUGACGGCAGGUCACAAGAUGCAGCGUAUCACACGGUUUGGAUUCCCCGCAAGCCGCACAGUGAGAUUGUUGCACUCCAAUCGAUGAUGGAGACCCAAGUGUCCCUUAUCAGGGUAGGUGCCCGGUAUGGAUUCAAGGUCCCGGUCUCCGAUGCAGCCGCUCUCCAUGAGAAGGUAAGCCCUGGAACACCAUUCAUUGCUGGGCCCAGCAGAUCCUCAUACAGAGUUGGUCCAUUCCCAUGGGGCACAACAAAGAAAGCCAUCCAGCAGCUUUUUCAGCAGUGGGGUUGGGUAGCCAAGGCAGUGCAUUCCGUGGCAAAAGCCAAGGAUUCCAGUGGUCUGAUGUGGUUGGUGCAUGCCAACUCCCCGCCAGGACAUCUGGUCUACCAGUUGCAGCAUGGCGAUGUCAUCAUCCAUCAAGACCCUCAAACCUCCAAGGAGACAUGGCGGCCUCCUCAAGCACAGGCAUCCAGGAAGGAGCUCCGGGCUCAACAGCAAGAUGAGGUCUUCGUCAACGACCCAUGGGCGGAGUCGGCACAGAAGCUCAGUCGCAAACCUGAGGUGACAGCAGCCCAGAUUUCCUCUCUGGAGGCAUCAAUUGACCACAGGAUUUCCCAACAACUGGAGAGCCGUUUGGCCGACCAGGAUGAGCAGAUGGGUCCCUCGAUUGAGCCACGCAUCCAAGCGUUGGAGCAACAGAUGGCGCAGCUGCAAAAACAUUCGGUGCAGUUGGACGGAAAGGUUGACUACCUGCAUCAGCAGGUCGAACACCAGGCUGCCAAGUUUGAAUCAUCCCUCGAUUCCAAACUCCAGGAGCAAAUGCAUCGCAUCGAGAUGCUGAUGACCAAGCGAGCACGUUCUCAUGAAUGCAAUUUUGUGCGUCACCAAUUCAGUUCAAGUAUCCAUGCCCGUCUGGCCAUUGCCAACAGCCGGACAACCAUGAGCAGCGCAGUGACUACCUACUUGAGCAUCUCAGUGGCUCGGAAACGGUUGGCAUCAAUUUUGACUCAUGCCAGGAGGGAAGCAGGUGAUGGCAAAAGGCCUUCCACCAGCAAUCAGCUGCAGACGGGAGAGGAGGGGAGCACACCACCAGUGCCGUUGCCCCGGAGCAGCACCAAGAACAAUGCCAAGACCAUCAUGAUGCAAUUAGGCCGAUCCUGGCGAAGCCAAAGCAGUAAGUGGCUGCCACCAGCAGGCCACAAGCAGGCACUAGCCCUCAACCACACCCCAUCGCGGCUGUGCAACAUCCUUUUCGGGGAUCUGAUGUCAGGAACACACACUGGAGCUCACCAGGGGCACCUUCGCCCCGGAAUGUGGGCCACUCCGGGUCACAAGAAUGCCCACCCAACGGAAGGCCUCUUGCAACAUGACAAGGGGCAGAUGCCUUUUGACUCAGUCUGGGCAAAAGGACGCCAGGACCUGACAAACAGCCAGCGGUGGGGCCGCAAGAACCCCUCUUGGGCGGGCAUUUCACCAUGCCAGUAUGCCCCGGAAUGUGGGUCCAGUGAAAUCAAACGAGGAAUCAAACAGCCAGCGGUCGGGACGCAAGAACCCAGAAGAAAAGAAAAGCGGGUGGACCAACAAACAGUCAGCGUGCAGGACCCUAGGUCGCAUGAGGUAGUGGAAGGUGAUGAAAAUGUUUUCAUGGCCAUGGGGGUGCAAGUUCCGCCCAGUAGAGUAGAAUCAUCCCAGCCACUGCAGAUCAUGGAUGAUCCAAGAAUCGCUACCCAAGAGCAUGGGGAUGAUGAUGAUCCUGCCAUCGCGACAUCUGAUGACGAAUCCACCACCAGUGAUGAAAACCCGGCAUGGAGAGUUUUCUAUGUCUACACAGUACAUCAACCACCACUGCAGGUGAACCUCAUCAUGGUACGGGAUCGACUCCAGCAUUAUCAGUGUGCAAGGGCACUUGGAUGGACCGUGGAACAGCUGAGCGCCAGGUACCAGGUCACGCCAUGCCCCAGUGACCUUCAGCACGCCAGAAUGCGAGGAUUGUUGGCCAGAUUUCAUGAAGAUCCUCCAGAAGGAGGAGCACUUGCGAUGGCACUCAUAGAUGUGGAAUUUCACCCACCAGCGCCACGGUGGGAUCCGGAAAUAAUCCGUGCAGCCAUGUUUGUGCCCCGGCAAGUGACGAACCACCAAUUCAUGGAAUCAAUGCACCUCAUGCCAUACUGUAGAUACAGCCGCAGGCCCUGCAUUUUGCUGUUGCGUGACCAGAGAAUCAACCUUGACCUGGAAACAACCAUGCAGAUCACAGAUGGAUCAUACAUACGUGUGGUCUUGCCACCGCCCAACCAGGAGGAUGAAACCAUACCAACUCGGUGCGUAGCCAUGGCUUGUUAUCAGGGAAUUGGACAGGAGUUCUUUGCAUUCUUUGGAGACCUGGUUGAAGAAUAUAACUUAUGGAGCAUGCCCAAUCCCUACCAGAUCCUCACAGUUGACACCGCAGCGGCUGACGCAGAGCCAGAGGAGGACCGAGUGGAGCUCCUCCAACGGAUUCAGGAAGGAUGGGCCAUCGCUGCCAUCAACCCAACAGGUCUUGCAGGCAAAGCCAAGCAGUUCAGCGACCUGCCAGCAGGAAUUUAUGCCAUCUCCGAGACACAUUUGUCGGAACGUGGACAGGUAAGAUUCCGAGAAGAGCUGUUUCAUGCCAAGAAUAUGCUCAAGCUGUAUCCAGGGUAUAGAGAUAACACGAACCGCCUAUUGCAAGAGGUCGCAAGGCAGGUCAUGCAAGGGUUUAAAGGGCCUGCAUUCAUCGCAGGAGACUUUAACCAAGUGCCAGGGGUUUUGCAUGAGACAGUCAAAUGGGAACAGCAAGGAUGGAGGGACGUCCAGACAUGGGCGGCAGAGAAAUAUGGGAUCAAUCCAGGGGUUACCUUCCAGUUCACUACUAGGAAAGAUUUUGUGUACCUUUCCCCAGAACUGCAAAUCCUGCUGUCAAGUUGUUCAAACUCAUUUGACCGAUGGCCAGACCACUCGACUCUCAUGGGUCUCUUUAGCAUCCCAAGCAACCCGGAACCCUUGCCACGAUGGGUCAAGCCAGCCGCAAUUGACUACAGCCAGUUGGACAGUAAAGUAAUUGCAGCACAGCCAUGUACCCCAGCCCCGUCCCAUGAGGACCCGACCAUGCAGUAUGCUGCCAUUUGUAACCACUUUGAAAAGCAUGUUCAUGAUUGCCUCAAAGCCAAGGGCAAGGUCGGGCUUCAGCACAGCCAGUGCGGCAGAGGACAAACGAUGCAGAGAACUUUCAAAAGGGCAGUAGUCUCACCAGCGAAGCCUGCGAGGCAAGGGGACUACCACCCCACAGUACAUACAUGGUCUCUGCUGCACAGCCGAUGGAUCACCCAGUGCCGACGUCUCCAAAGUUAUGCAAAGCACAUAGCUAAAGGAAGCCAAACACCCACUGCUAUUGAACACAGGGCUGCGUUGUGGAGAGCCAUUCGGAAUGCGCUGGGCUUCCAUGGAGGUUUCCCGUGCUGGUGGGGAACUCAGGCAGCGGACCACCCCAAUCAAAUCCCAUGGAUCCCUAUGGAACCUCCGGGACCCGACAUCGCCAAUCACAUCAGUGUGCAAUUUCAGGCAAUCCUUUCUUCUAUGGAGACCCGCAUCAUCAAACAACGUGUGGCACAGGCUCGGCAAAACCGCAUUGCUGACACCAAUCGGGUAUUCAAGGACGUCCGACGCCCCAUGCCGGUCCCAGUCAGUAUGUUGGUGGCCAAAUCCUCCACACAAGUGACUGCGGUAGUCGACGAAGGGUCAGUAGAGGUUGCCGACUCCGACCCUAUUCAAGAGGCUGCAGUUCUGGAAACCAGAACAGGUCCACUUCAGGUGAUACAUAUAGAGGCCAACCAGAUCUGGUUCACAUCACCUCACACCCUAGUCCCAGGUGACGAGGUAGCCGUAGUUGAGUUGCAGGGCAGGGUCCAAGAUGUUCACACGGCAUUCCUCCAGGAAUGGACUAGGCGUUGGGACCGGCACAGGCAUUUGCCCCCAGACCACUGGGAGGAGGUCUUAGCCCUCACCAAAACAAUCCUGCAUGCCGACCAGAUGCCACUGGCCCCCAUCACCCUAGACAGGUGGAAACACGCCCUGAGAUCCAAAAAGUCCUCUGCCGCCACAGGACUCGAUGGAUUGGCCAGGCGAGAUCUGUUAUCAUUCCCAGACAUUUUGCAUGAACAAUUGCUGGAACUCUUUGCAACAGCCGAGAACAAUGGGAAAUGGCCCCAGCAAUUGCUCCAAGGGGCAGUCCACGCGUUAGAGAAAACAGCAAAUGCAGAGCAUGUGUCGCAGUAUAGACCAAUAACGAUAAUGCCAUGCGCAUAUCGCACAUACUCCUCCAUCAGAGCCCGAGAAGUCCUGCAACAUUUGGCCAAGGUACUGCCACCCACAUUGUUAGGAAAUGUGCCGGGCAAGCAGGCAGUUGGUUUGUGGUGGACGCUGCAGCACAGGAUAGAACAGGCCAUGUAUGCAGGUGAGCCUUUGACUGGAGCAGUGUCAGACCUGUGCAAGGCAUUCAAUCACUUACCACGCACAGUGACAUUUCAAGCCGCCCUGUCGUUGGGAGUCCAUCCCAACAUUGUCCGUGCAUGGGCCGCAUCCACAGUACAUCUGCAGAGGCACUUCGUGGUGCGUGACUGCCCUUCAGCCCAAGUCACCUCCACCACGGGCUUUGUUGAAGGAUGCGGCAUGAGUGUAGUUGGGAUGGUCCUGAUCAAUGCCCUGGUACAUGCGUACAUGCAGCACCAACACCCUCAAGCCGUUUUUACCACAUAUGUUGACAACUAUGAGCUCCAGUCCCCCUCAGCUGAGCAGACCAAGCAGGCCCUGACAUCCCUUCAGGGGUUUUGUGAUCUAUUGGAUGUGCAGCUGGAUGCACGCAAAACGUACCACUGGUCAUGUGAUGCCACCGGCCGUGCACACCUUAGAGCCCACAAUGACAUCCCAGUGAGAUCGGCCAAGGACCUUGGGGCGCAUAUGCAGUACACUGGAAACCAGACCAAUGGAACGGUGUUGGCAAAGUUUAAGCAGUUGCCGGAGCUGUGGCACAAGCUUUCUAGAAGUCAUGCACCCCAAGCCCAGAAACUCAAAGUGCUCAGAGUGGUGGCAUGGCCCAGGGUACUCUACUCCGGGUCCAUAGUUCACAUUGGCCCAGCCCACUUUGAUGAGGCCAGAGCAGGUGCAUUCAAAGCCAUCGGAAUGCAGAACUCUGGUGCCAACGCACAAAUUUUUCUGGCAUUGGUUGCCAAUGUGGGGACAGAUCCCGAAUUCUAUGCUUUGUGGAAUUCAGUGACACAGUUCAGACGACACAUUGAGGAAGACAUGUUAGACGUCACGCUUCAGCAGGCAGCAGUGACCCCCCCACGCAAGAGAAAGCCAGGGCCAGGAGGAGUGCUUAUUUCCAGGCUAGAAGACAUGUGCUGGACGUAUGUGACCAAUGGAGUCUUCCGAGAUGGAGAAGGAGGUACAGUACACAUACUUCACACUCCAAGGCAAGAGCUCAAGGCUCGCUUGUGCCGAGCAUGGCAUCAUGCAGUUGGUCGUCGAUGGGAGCACAGGAAAGGGUUUCAGGGUCUCAGGUUUGUCUGUCCAGCUCUUUCACGCAUUGACACCACAAAGCACCCACCAGAUGCAGUAGGCUUCCUGCAAGUGGCUCAAACAGGGGCAUUUUACACUGCCGAUUGUCUCAAACAUUCAGGUUUCACUGAGUCGUCACAGUGCUCCAGAUGUUCGGAGGAAGACUCAGUGGAACACAGACAUUGGAAGUGUGCAGCUACAGCCCCGAGCAGAGCUCUCAUUCCUCAAAACAUCCAAGCGAAGAUUGACGCCAUGGAUCCCUGCUUACGAGAGCAUGGCUGGAUGCCUGAGCCUGUGGAAGUGCGUGAGUUCAAAAGGAGUUUGGCAGAUGUCCCAGACACAUGUGGGAGAUACGCCAGCUGUGCACACCAAGAGCACUAUGACCUGUUCUGCGAUGGGACAGGCUUGGACCCAAAACAGCCUACUACACGACUUGUAGCAUGGGCAGUCGUUGUCGCGGGAGCAGACCCUCAAGCUCCCCACAUGCCUCUAUCAUGGGGAGGAGUACCAGGCCAGUGGCAAACGGUCAUGCGGGCAGAGCUCAUGUCUUUUGUCUCAGCUCUCUGCUUCGGGGUUGCCAGAGGUACCACCUUUGCAAUUUGGAGCGACAGCGAAGUCAUCGUCAAGCGAGCCAGACGCAUCCAGCUGGGGUUAUUCGAGGUCACAUCCACAUGCACAGACCAUGAUUUAUGGAGGAUUGUACAAGAUCAGAUACCACCAGCCCAUGUAUGCAACAUUCACCACAUCAAGUCGCACCAGAGCUAUGGCAGGGAUGAAGCAUGGAUCCAAUGGGCCUGCUCAGCCAAUGACACAGCAGACCUCCUAGCCGCAUGGGCAUUGGACCAGUUGCCACUCCAAGUUCGUCAAGCACAACAACGUGCAUCUGCAGCGGUGACGUCAGCCAGAGAAGUGGUUCAACAGGUGCACGCACAUAUGGUGAGGGUUGCUCAGCUUUCAGUGACGGCCCCCCAAUCUGCACCGGCCCCGGUGUAUCGCCUUCCAGAUACCAUGAUCCUUGAUUGGCGCUCCAUUGCAGAGAAAGCACGAGCAGAGGCACCUGACAACUUGCGUUUUCAGCGAUGGUUGAAGAUUUUGGAUUGGAUGGCUGAUCUGGAGAACCCUUCCGCUGCGCCGCGUUGGCUGAGCUGGUACGAGCUCUUGGUUUCAUUUCAGCUUCAUGCAGGGGAAUGGGGGCCAGAGAGUACUUCGAGCCAUAACACCUGGCGCAUGCAUCCUCGGUUGCAGGAAUACAAUGGCAAGCAGAUGCUGCGAUCCUGGGCAGCGUAUUUGCUGAACAUCAUUCGAGUGAGCCACCCUCAGUACAAACCGGUCGAUGGAAGGCCAUCAAACCCGAGGUUCCAUUGCUGGACUAUGGGAAUCUUGUGUAGAGUAUCAGAUGCUUCAGCGGACGCCGUGCGGGGAUGGCUUGAUGCGAAGUAUGGUGAUGCCAAAAUCACCAAGAUGACCACUCUACAUCAAUGUGGCCCAGCGGAGGCGGUUCAGCCAAUCCACAAGGCAAACCCCUCGGAGCAGGGUCUUCACAAGUUCUGGCAUAGCCAGAGGUAG